AUGAUACGAGGUAUUCUCGACGGUGCCGCCACGCUCCUUGGCUAUGGCGCCAGUAGCGAAACUGCCCCACUCGAUUUCUCUUCCACCGAGAUUGUCGUCCUGCCAGCAAACGCAGGCCCCGAUGAGCCCGUCACCCCCUUACGCACGGUGUCCAAACCCACGUUCCGAGUUGGAGAGGCGGGAAGCAAGGGGCUUGGUCUUUUUGCUGCUCGUGCUCUCGGUCAAGGAGAGCUUAUCAUCGAUGAGCGGCCAUUGCUCAUCAGCGUUCGCGGGGUGCCCGUCGCAGUGCCCAUCUGGUAUAGUCAGGAGCAGACGACAAAAUACCAGCUGAAAGAGUUUGAGAAGUACCUAGAGGUGGUUUUGAAGGAAAUGCGGCCUGCAGAUCGGGAUGCUUUCAUGUCCCUUGCAAACAGCCAUACGACCGAUGGAUCAGGACCUAUAGCUGGUCGAAUCCGAACGAAUAGCAUCGGUCUGGAUGGACUUUGCCCUGAGAUGAGUGGUCCAAUGGCACAGUAUAGUUCUGUCCCACAUUUUAUUUCGCGCAUGAACAAUAGGCCCGUCUUCCUAUCCACCAACUUCCACGACGCGUCUAUCUCCUAUACGAUCUAUGCAGCACGUGACAUUGCGGAAGGCGAAGAACUGACGUUGACUUAUUCUGACGUCUGGGACACUGCAGCGAAUCGCCAGCAGACCUUCAAGCCAUACGGAUUCGUUUGCACGUGUGAUGCGUGUCUUGACCCCAUCAACUCCGACACUCGUCGUGCCAAGAUUCGCUCGUUCAUUCCAACCGUACAGUUGUGGGCCGUCAACCGGUCUUUGCCUGACGACUGGCUCAUCAACAAGUGUCUCGAGCAAAUGGCGUUGCUGGAGCAGGAGUAG